GAUGGUCCUGAUGAUCCUGAUGGUCAGAAUCCAGCCCGCAAGAUACCGUGCUGCGCACGCCGGUGCAGCGCCCCUUCUGGUUUCUGCCAAGACCGCCUGCCGCGCCUGGUCAACUCUGCCGUUGUUCGUCGCCCUCCUCGCCGGCUGUCGGCCAAACCCUGCUUGAAAAGCCCCCGCUCCCCGCCAGCCUUUGUGGUCUGGUCUUCCAACAGCCUCUUCCUCUCACCCCGUCUCGUCUACACAUCGGCCUGCUAUCGGCCUUCCACCGAUCCGCCUCGGUCUGCCCCGGUUUGCCUCGGCUGCCCAAACGCCAAGACGCUCCCAACACAUCCUGCUUCCUCGCAAACGGACCUCCAGCCCAAGCAUCCAAUCACUCUCGGACCGCAGUCUUCUCCUGUCGAUCGGAUAUGAGCACGUUCCAGUCCUCCAGCAACCCGUUCGAGAGCCCGCUCGACAAUCCCUUUGAAACCAUUGUCCAUCCGCCGCCGACGCUGCUCACCAGCCAGCGGCUUCCUUCGCCGUCGUCCUUUCCCUCCACAAACCCGUUUGCCCAAGAUGCCGAGCGAGAGAUGCAAGAGCGACUCGCAAAAUCGAGCCAUCCAGCGGACAUUGACAUGGCUGCUUCCGACUCGCUGACGGCACCGCUCGAUGCAAGCAGUGGUGCAAGUCUGCCUUUGAUUUUCCAGCAUAAUUCAGCCACAUCCUCCGUGUCCUCCCUCUCUGCCGAUACCUCUGCACCGACUCUUGCCUCCUCUGUUCCUCUGCUCCCCUCUCUACCGCUGUCGGCAAACCUCCAGUCAUAUUCGCUCUCGGUUGCUUCCUCUGCUUCCCUCCCUCCUCGUCCCAAAGUUCCUGCCGUGAUUCCUCUGGCUCCUCUCGCCAUCUCAUCCAUGCCGGCACCCUCAAUCUCGGUUCAGCCACCAUCUGCACUUCCAACCCGAGCAAGCCCGGCCCUCCUCGAUCCUGCUGGUCAUGCGCCCUCGUUUUCAGCAGCGCACACUCCAUCUCCUGACGAAAUCGAGCGGCUCGACCAUCUCCUGGCUGCCCAGCUGGCGCUGCAGGCAGAGCCGACUUCGACCAGCACCCACGACACCUCGAACGACGAGGCCAUUGCCCGCUUCCUGUCAAUGGAAGACCCCGCCUCAGAGUCGACCCCAAGCCAGUCGCCAGCCUCCACCCGCCGUCCAAGCACAUCUGUCCCCAUCAACACCAUCUCUGGUGCCCGGUCAGCCUCCCAAGUGAACCACGAGCCUUCGUCCCUGGCUCUAGCCGAUACCAGCUGCGACGAAGCACUGGCACUGGCGCUCUCAGAGGAAGAAGCCAACGAGUUGGCUGGAACUGGAUCAAGCUCAAGCUACCUUCAAUCGACUGCUCCUCGGCUCGCACCUGUUAUUUCGCCGCCUCCCUCGGCAUCAUCGUCCGGUGCUCCACCGUACAGUAUCAACGUUCCCAGGGGACAUCGAGACGAGCUCCCAUCGUAUUCUGAGGCCGUGGGCACCUCAUCGCGCCCGAGCCUGUCGAGGCCGCGCAUAGCCAGUCGAACCAUCAUGCACUCUUCAAACCCCCAGGUUGCCCAGACAUUCAGCAUCAAGGUCCAGGAGACACUCUCUGUCACGUCAUUCUCGUUCAACUCGAUGAGCGACGAUCCAGCCUCGAGCAGUUAUCAAGUCAACUUUCUGCAGUACGGCAGUAUUGAUAUUUUGUCAUCGAGCCAAGGCGUCCUCUUCAAACUCUACACAUCCUCCUACAAUACCCGCUCCCCGGCUGUCACGCUUCGCCAGUUCAAAGUGCUGCCCGAGUCGCGACAUGGCUACGGGCUCUUGGACGUCCAAAUGGUCGGCCUCUUCAACCCCAAGCACCAGUUCUUCGGCGCCGACCACAGCGAGUAUGCCUGGAAGCGGAUCGACGGCGAGCUGCAUCUCCUGCGCUAUCCUACCAAGAUUCUUGUGGCCCGCAUCGCCAUCUCGAGCGACCGACGAAACCGGUCGCAAGCGGCCAUGGGCACCCUCACCAUCUACCAGAGCGGCAACCUGAUCGCCGCCGAGGUCGUGGCCAUCGGCGGUAUCUUGUCGGGGCUGCUGCAUCUGAUGAACUGAGAGGCCCUCGCCGCUCAAGCGGGCCAGCCGAUGUGGCCAUUGCUGCUAGACUGCUGUGAAUCGAUAUGUACUGGCGCCGGAUACAUGGAGACGGAGUGGGGUGACGAGCGAGCAGUGUCUGUCCAUGGGAGUCUCACUGAAAUGUAGUCCCGCCGAAUGACGCUGUUGUCGAGUUGGUCCUGGUUGAUCUUGGCUGUUCUGUCCAUGGCGCCCACUGGCUGGUUUUCAUGGAUGAUCGUCGACCUGCACCGAUGCCGCGAUGUGUUCCAUUCAGAAAUGAAGCCACAUUGACUACAUUGCACUUUCACCGAUCCAUUGCGCCGCUCGCACGAGCGCCACCGCCAUCCUGCAAGCAGCGUCAAAGUGCUUGUCACCAGAAGCUGGUAUUGCGAGAUAUAUAUUCGAACAAUACUACGCAAUGAAAUGUACACAA